AACAAAUAAAAAGGGAAAACAGGAUUUUGUUCGGCUGUCUCUCACUUCCAGCAAAAGCACUUACCAAGCUACAGUGUAACCGCAAGUGCGAAUUUCCAAAGAUUCGACUCCCAAAACCCAACAGCAAACGAUGAACUCUCUCGACAGGAACCCCAAGCCAGAAACAAAUCUCCAGCCACGCCACUGCUCUCCAAACGUUUUCCUCCUUUUCUUUCCAGCUGCUGUUCCGAAAUUCCUCCAACACACCAAGAAAAUUUUUCCUUUUUUUUCUCCUCCUCUGUUUGUUGCACAAGUCUUCCUUCAACCUCUCCUUCCGCGAAGCUCCCUCUUCUUAGCUGGAUGUCGGGCCAUCUGCUCAAGAACGGGGCUAACGGAGCAUGAGGAACGGACGAGCAAAGAACAGGGUCCGCGAGAAAGAGCAGAACCGAACCUCUCUCCUUUUUUUUUUGAAUCUUUUAUUGUGGCUGUUUGGUGAUUGGUAAUGGUGAUGGUGAUGAGAGUGAUGAUCGGCAAAUAUGGUUGUAAGAUGGAGAUCGGGGGGACUGGAAAGAAGCUGGGAAGAGAAGAAGACUUUUGUUGGCUCGAGUCAAACCCGACACUCUCCUGGUUACGUUUUAUGUUGCUAGGGUUAUCUUCAAGGGAAUUUUUUUAUUCA